AAAGAAACUAGUAAGCGGCCAUAUGUACAUAGUUUAACACGUGCUUUCGGAUUUAUAUGCAAUUAAUUCUUGAUGAUUUUGGUACGCUUGGGGCUUCUCUGUUUAUUAUAAUUGUCCCAACAUUAAAAAUGGGUUAUGGGCGUCCGUUGUUAUAUAUGUCAUUGCCCGGACUAGCGUUCAUUCUAGGUGUGUUGUGGUUCCGUCGUCGAUGUAAAAAUUUGAAUGACAAAAAAGAUGAAAGUGAAUCAAAUACAGAUACUUAUUUAAAAAAUGGAUCAACAGGGGAUCAUGCACAAUUAUGUCCAAAAAAUAGUAUUCAAAAUUUUAUGCCAAUUAUUACUAAACCCGUGAACAUAGCUGAACAUAUUUAUCUGGAGGAACAAAUUUCUGCACCAAAAAUAUUUGGAAAAUCUGCACCUAUCAAAAUUCAAAAUAGUAGAAAUACUUUUACUGAUAUGCAAUCUCUUCAGCAGCAGGACGUUGACUGUCAGACACUUAAUUCGAGAAUCAAAAACACUCAACACAAAAUUGUGAACUGCAUCGAUGAAAGUUUUGAUAAUCAUACAUCUCAGAUAAAUUUACCAGAUUCUUGUAAUUAUAAGAGUCCUCUUCAGACUCAUAAUAAAUGUUUUAAAUAUAAUAAACCUAUUAUAAUAAAAGCAAAUAUAUCGCCAAAAAUAUCACCUGAAAGUUCAUUUAUUGACAGUAAUUAUAUUGAAUAUGAACGAAAGAACUGUAAUGUUUUGGGAAGUUCAAACAAUAUCAAAGUUAAGGAUACGGUUAAACAAACGGGAAAAAAAGUUAUACAUAAUAAGCGUUGCAUUGAAGCAUGCGGUUUGUCAAUAAGUAUAUGCAGUGAUCAUUCUGGUGAUUCUGGUAAAGGGUCUAGUUUACCUCGACCAGGCGAAACAAGUACAAAACUCGCUUACGAAUUUUUUCUCCCUAAAAGUUUAUUUGGAAAAUUGUCCGGACAUCAUGGCAGUUUUAUUACCAAGAUUAAAACUAAAACUGCAGUAAAUAUACAAAUUCGUAAAAAUAGAUUUGUAGAAAAAUUGGGAAUUUGCAUCAUUGAAGGGUCGGAAAAUGAAAUUAAUGAAGCUCUGAUGAUGAUACGUAAUCGUUUACCGCAGCAUAAAUACCCAAAUUUUACUAUGGAAAGAAUACAUUAUGCACUUCCACAAACUAUAGUUCCACUUUCGACACAAAGUUUAUUUAAUUUGCAACUGUAUCUGAUAGAAGGAAUAAACAAUGAUGUACUGGUAAGUGCCGUAGUAACAAGUGGUCACAUAUUUGUGCAACAUCCUCUUCAUCCUUCAAACCCGCAUUUAAUUGGACUUCAAAAAUGUCUAUUAGAAAGUUAUUCAACCACAGAAGCGCCUCCUUUACCGGGCAUUGAAAUUAGUGCAGUAUGCGUGAUGUCUGUCAAUGGAAUGUGGUAUAGAGUUCAAAUAACUGAUCGUGAGGCUGAAAAUGAGAAUAGAUGCAUAAUAAAGUUUUUAGAUUUUGGAGGAUAUAUGAAUGUAAACUUUCAUGAAUUAAGACAAAUUCGGUCAGAUUUUAUGCUGCUUCCGUUUCAAGCUACUGAAUGUGUUUUAUCUAACAUUGAGCCAAAAGGCUUCACUUGGUCAAAAGAAGGCGCUGAUAUUUUGUGCAAAUUAACUAGAGGAAUUGUAUUGCAAGCUCAAGUUGCUGGUUACAAUAGUCAUAACAUACCCGAAAUAUAUUUAUUUGCUUGUUUAGGUCCAAAUAAUAUUGUAUUCAUCAAUAAAGAGCUUGUUGCACGAAACUUGGCAAAAUGGGUAGAAUUACGAUAUUGAUGUUUUAAUAUUAAUUAAUAUAAGUAUCAAGCAAGGUGCGCAGAAAUGGUAAACUAAAAAAUAAUCAAUUGUUUUGUUCGAAACAAUUAUAAAACUAAUUGCGAGCCUUAAUGUUUGAAAAUUUGGUUUAUAUUUGUGUAUGAAGUGCAUAUGUAUAAAAAUGUAUUACUUUAUAAAAUCGGUUAAAUAGAACAUGUAAUGUAAUAAAGUACUAAAAUAGUUUUAGUAAAAAUAACUAAAUCAUAUAUAUGUCCAAAUCAGUGCAAAAUUUUUGCAAAAAUAAUUUUUAUUUUUAUUCGUGAAACUCACUAAUCUUUAAGCAGCUUUUAAGAAAAAAAUUUUUAAUAAUAUCCAGUUACUGUGAAUAUAAAAAAAAUUUGCUUUGUGUAUCCUUUUUUAAUGAGUUAUCCAUUAUAAAUUAGUAUAUGUAAUUGUUUACAUGGUAAAAAUUGGACUUAUUUGAGUAUGUGAUUUUUAAAAUAUUUAAAUAAAGUAUGAAAAUCGAAUACGAAUAAGUAGAACUGAUUUUUAAUAAUGUGAAUGUAUUUUGGUAAAAUUUUAAUACAUCAACAUUAAAACUUAAUAGCGCAGCAAAGUGAAACUUUCAGUUUUGAAAAGUAGAGACGUUGGCUACAUUUGUUAAUAUCAAAGCAAAAGUCUGGUUUCUGAAUAAAAUUUCAUAUUAAAUAUAAAUUAGAUAAUUGCAUUACUAUUUUUAUUGUUAACAUAAACACUGGUACAUAAAAAAAAGAAAUCAAUAAUAAUAUUUUAAUUAAUUUUGCACUUUUUUCUAAAGCUCCUAUAAAAUUCAAUGUAUCAAGGGUUUGUUUUUUUUUAUAGUUUUCGCCUCAGCAUACUUCAUAUUACACAUUGUAUGGAAUUAUAUGCAAAUGAUUUUAUUUUGUUUCAAUUUAAAAUAGGUGGAUACUUUUAUUACAGAAAAAACUUAGGUCAAAAGUUGUUCAGAGGAGUUGGGAUUUUUAUUCUGCAAAACCAUCACUUUUUAAUUAGACAGCACUAGAUAUUAGAAAUUUGUACAGUUGUUUUUAAUGGUGUUAUAAAAAAUAUUGGGAGAUGCUUUUAAUGAUUCGAAAUGCAAAAAAGUCACUCUAUCAUAUAUAACGUAUUUGAGUUCUGCAUAUUGCUUUUAUAGAUUUUCAGGUUGCCUAUGUCUGUAGUUUUCAAUAUUUUCGGUAUUCGGUAAAGUGAUCAAAUGACAGACACUGGAUUGUCACUUUUCAAUUCCUUCACGGUAUAGUUUUAAAAUAAAAUUGCAGCUAAUUUUGUUUAUAUUUACAUUAUAUUAUAUAUAUAGAGCA